AUGGCUGCUGCUGAUGUUAUUUCUACAAUGUCAACUUCAUUUGUUUAUGAAGAUUUAGUUUCUCAAGUUCAAAACAUUCAAUAUCAAAUGCUUCAAAUGGAAAACAUUCUUGAUAAUCAAUGGAAAACGGAAAAAAAAAUACAAAAUGAAUUAAAAUCACGUUCAUUAACAUUUAUAGACCCAUAUGGAAAUCGAACAGUGAAUAAAUAUAUGGAUCAUGAAUCAAUUAAUAAAGUACUCAGAAAAUAUAAGAAAGACUAUGUACCAAAGUAUUUACAAGAAUGGACUAAGAUUGGUACUAUGAAUGAAAAUAUUAUUUCAUCAUUAAAUGAAUGUGAAUUAAAAUCAACUGUAUCGAACUAUGUAAAUGGUCAUCAAUUUAUUACAUACGGUGAAGUGAUUGUAUGA